AUGUCACGUCAAGGCGAGCAGUUCCCUUCGCUGGACGCAAGAUUUACCAUACUCCAACCCGACGCUCAUCUCUCGGAUCUACGAAAUGCUCGUACAGAUCUCUCGGCGACUGCUUGGUCAACCACAAAGAAAUGGUCUGCGACUUCAAUCGUUACCAUGAUCGCUUUCUUGGUAGGCUGGGCCUCUUCAAUCGACUCAGGCGCAAUCCACCAGGCUGCAUCCGAGUACAAGGUCAGCACAGUGACCGAGUCGUUGGCGACUGGACUCUACUGCAUUGGAACCGGCAUAGGGUCCCUGUUCAGUGCACCACUUUCCGAGACAUAUGGACGUAACACGAUAUAUGUCUCCACGAUCAUUGUGUUUAUGAUUUGCAUUCUUGUAUCAACCCUGAUCCCUCAGAUUGCUGGUCAAUUGGUUUUCCGCUUCCUCGCGGGAGUGUUUGGCUCUACGCCGCUGACCACGGCUGGAGGCAGUAUCGCCGACAUGUGGAAUCAACGCGAGAGGACCUACGUCUUCCCAUUCUAUGCGGCGUCUUCGUUUCUGGGGCCGUUCAUGGCUCCUUUGGUCGGUGCUUACAUCGGACAGUCUGGACACUGGCAUUGGGUCGACUGGUCUACGUUGAUGUUGGCAGGCGUGGUUCUGUCUCUAGUCUUGCUCUUUCUGCCAGAGUCGUACGCACCAGUCUUGGUCUUGUGGAAAGCAGAAAUUGUCAAGGAGCUGACAGCCGACGAUCGAGUCUACGAGGCGAUAGAACAUCACCGCGUGCCCUUAUCUCGAAAACUACGCAUCGGGAUAGGUCGACCAAUUCUCAUGUUGCUGCGUGAGCCGAUCGUGGAUCUUUUUACCGUGUAUUUGAUUGUCAUCUACAUUGUUCUUUUCACCUUUCUGACUGGUUACGAGUACAUUUACACCGACAUCUACGGGCUCUCUCAAGGCAGCACAGGCUUAUGCUAUCUGGCUAUGAACAUCGGUUUCCUCUCUGCUCUCGCCUUCACCCCCGUUAUCUACAAGCAAUACAGCACUUUAUUGAGGCAUGCACAGGAACAGAAGGGGGAUCAGACAGAGCUUCCUCAAGAAGUGCGUCUCUGGUUUUCCAUCUAUGGCGCCCCUUGUCUCCCAGUUUCGUUGUUCUGGAUGGCAUGGACAACGUAUAACUCCAUAAGCUAUUGGUCUAGUCUUAUCUCAAGCAUUGUUUUUGGGUUUGGCGUGAUGUGUGUCUUUAUUUCGUCUUACUUAUACCUGAUCGAUUCAUUCGAGCGAUAUGCCGCGAGUGCCUUGGUCGGUGCCACGAUGGCCAGAUACAUAGCCGCUGGCGUCAUGGUCGUGGUUUCAAUCCCCAUGUAUGAGGAUCUGGGCGUGCAUUGGACGCUGACGUUGUUGGGUUGUCUGGCGGCUUUUAUGGCCCCUAUACCAUUCAUCUUCUACAAGUAUGGCGCAUACAUCCGAAGUAGAAGUAGGUCAGCAAGCUCUUGA